AUGUCGUUCUUCAAGUCGACGUUCGAAGCGAUUAAAAGCAGUCCUGUAGUGAAAGAGUCGUCAGAACAGAUGAGUUUCAUCACCAAAGUCAUCGGCCAUGCUCGAAACGAAGUUAUCGGUCGAUGGAAUCCUAACCGUCGCCACGACGACCCUGAAGAGCAAGCUCAAGAUGAACUGAGAGCACAGAUAAGAGCAGGCCAUCGAUUUACCAGCUUUGCUGCUGAAAGGUCUGGAAACACCGCAAAAUGGCAUGUGGACGGUCAUGACUAUAUGUGGGCUCUCUCUGAGAUGAUAGAUAAUGCAACGGAGGUCAUCUUUAUCACUGAUUGGUGGCUUACCCCUGAGUUGUACCUUCGUCGACCUCCUGCCUACUUCCCCGAAUGGCGCCUCGACAAACUUUUGAAGAAAAAGGCCGAACAGGGAGUCAAAAUCCACGUUAUCGUAUACAAAGAGGUUACGCAAACCAUGUCAAUGAGCUCUAAACAUACGAAAAACAAGUUGGAGGCCCUCCAUCCCAACAUUACAUGUAUGAGGCAUCCCGACCACAUCGGCGCCAAAGACAGUGUUCAAUUUUGGUCUCAUCAUGAGAAAAUUGUCAUUGUUGACAACCAAUAUGCAGCUGUUGGCGGUCUAGACUUAUGCUUCGGACGCUGGGACACUCACAAUCAUCCUCUCGCUGAUGUCCAUCCUACCGACUUCUCCAAGACCCUUUUCCCUGGCCAGGACUACAACAAUGCUCGCAUCAUGGAUUUCAAGGAUGUGUAUGAUUAUGUCAGCAACACGUUGUCCAUCAUGGACAAUGCAAGAAUGCCAUGGCAUGAUGUACACAUGACUUUCGAGGGUCCAGCUGUUUUAGAUUUGAGUCAACACUUCAUUGAGCGUUGGAAUGAGAUUAAGAAGCGCAAGGCAAGGCAUUGCUCUCAUACUAUUGCCUGGCUUGCAUUACCCGUUGAUCCAGAGUAUGCACCGAACGAGGCCGCUGCUCGCCACCCUCAUCUGGAGCACUGGCGUGAAAUUGGCCGUAAAUACAGGCAACGCUGGCACGGACCACCUCACGAGCCAGAACGAAGCCAGCGCGAGCGCGAGGAAUGCGGCACUGGUCGCGAACGUCAGCCGGGCAAGAAGACUGCAAGAAUUCAGGCGAUUCGAAGUGUUUCAGAUUGGUCUCAUGGAGUCCUGACGGAAGCUAGUAUCCAAGAAGCCUACAUCCAAUUGAUCAGAGAAGCUGAGCAUUACAUCUAUAUCGAAAAUCAAUUUUUCAUCUCUGCGACCAAAACUGGCGGAUCUGUUACCAACCAAAUCGGGGCCGCUCUUGUUGAGCGCAUCGUCCGUGCCGCACAAGAGGGCAAGAAGUUCAAGGUUGUUGUAACGAUUCCGGAAGUUCCUGGAUUCGCUGGCGAUGUCAAAAACGAGAGUUCCAUCAAGAUUAUCAUGGCUGCUCAAUAUAGGACUAUCAAUAGGGGUGGAAGUAGCAUCUACGAAGAAAUCCGAAAGGCUGGUUACGAGCCGAUGGAUUAUAUACGCUUCUAUCAUCUGCGUUCCUAUGACAGGAUCAACGCCCCUAAAGGAUUCAUCAACAAGAUGGAGGAGACUUCUGGUGUCAAGUUCCACGAAGCUCAAGUGGCAUUGUCGAGGCAGUGGGUUGCCGGAGAUGAGCUCACUACCCAGAGGCAAAUUAUCCUUGUUGUCCCUGAAGAAGAGAGCUUGGUCCCCGCUGAUAAGUCCAAAGCCCAAAGUACGAUCAAAGUAGACAUUCCAGUAGACGACAACGCUGCUCGUGAGGUCGUUGAGAGAUUCGAGAAUGGAGCACGCGAUCUUCGCUCCGAUGAACCUGUUGCAGACUCAGUCGCGCAACACAUGCUUGACGACAAGACCUCUUUGCUCGACGAGCAGUGGUUAGGUACAGAGGAGGAAGAACUUAAUGCAUACGUCUCUGAAUUGUUGUAUAUUCACUCCAAAUUGAUGAUUGUUGACGACCGCCGUGUCAUCAUUGGAUCUGCCAAUAUCAACGAUCGCAGUCAGAAAGGUGAUGGAGAUUCUGAAAUAGCUCUGGUUAUAGAGGAUGAUGAUAUGAUCAAUUCCACGAUGGACGGCGAACCCUAUGAGGUUUCCCGCUUUGCUGCCACUCUUCGCCGCCAGCUCUACAAAGAGCACCUUGGUCUUAUCCCCCCACAAACGUGUGCGGAGCGCAACCCUGAGGUAACGUCCUUCAUGCGCCCAGCGCCUUACCCCAACAGGGACGAUACGCACACGCGCGAAGACCGCCUUGUGGCGGACCCCAUUUCCGACGAUACCGACAUGCUUUGGAAAGAAACAGCUCGUAAGAAUCGUGAGGUGUUCUCGGAACUCUUCCGUCCUGUCCCAACCAACUUAGUUCGCAACUGGGACGCAUACGAUAAAUACCGCCCUAAGGGUGUCAAGACGGGCCAUGUUGUCCCCGGGAUUCCGCUGGAACGCGUCAAGAAGCGCCUUGACCAAGUUAAAGGUGCUUUAGUUGAAUGUCCAUUGGACUUCCUCAUCGAGGAUAGGGAUCUAGUCACUGGCGCUGAGUGGACCCACCUAAACCCUACUCUGCCUAUCUACAUUUAA